AUGCCCUUGCUGUGUGUUACCCAAUUGAGAAGGGAAGUUGGACGGGACAGCCGUUUAGGAGACAAAAAAGAAAUAAACUUUAAUCUGUUGCUUUUAAAGUUUGUGUUCUUGAAAUAAAAACAACAGUUAGACUAUUAUUAAUCCUACGUGUAGACUGCCCGUGUAUGGUAUAAAUGACAUUUAUCCAAGGUAACUUGUCUCAUACGUUAUAGCUGUGAAGUGGCUGACCGGCCAAGCAAGGAAGUGUUGCUCGUGACGUGAGUACAAAGUAGUUGGACAAGUUUUUUUGUCUUUUAAAACCAUACGAUACACCCAUUCGGAACCUCAUCUUUCUAGUUUUAGUUACAUUAGGAUUAGUCCAUUGCUUGCGGAGCCGUGUGGUAAAAUGACGAACAGGGAAGACGAAUACGACUACCUUUUUAAAGUGGUGCUGAUCGGAGACUCUGGUGUAGGCAAGAGCAACCUGCUGUCCCGCUUCACCCGCAAUGAGUUCAACCUGGAGAGCAAAAGCACAAUCGGCGUGGAGUUCGCCACACGCAGCAUCAAGGUGGAAGGCAAGACCAUCAAGGCCCAGAUCUGGGACACAGCAGGACAGGAGCGCUACCGUGCCAUCACCUCAGCGUAUUACCGUGGCGCCGUGGGGGCGCUGCUGGUCUAUGACAUCGCCAAGCACCUGACCUAUGAGAACGCGGAGCGCUGGCUGAAAGAGCUACGCGACCAUGCCGACAUCAACAUCGUCAUCAUGCUGGUGGGCAACAAGAGUGACCUGCGCCACCUGCGGGCCGUGCCCACGGAUGAGGCGCGGGCGUUUGCAGAGAAACACGGGCUGUCUUUUCUGGAGACCUCAGCGCUCGACUCGUCGAAUGUGGAGCUGGCUUUCCAGACCAUCCUAACAUCCAUCUACCGCAUCGUGUCCCAGCGGCAGAUGUCCAGCCCUAACGACUCCGACUUCUCUCCCAACGCCAACGUGGUUCCCAUCACGGUGCAGCCCACCCAGCACACGCCCAAGCAGAGCUCCUGUUGCCAGGGCAACUGAGACCUCCAAAUGGGGAGCCGGGGAGGGGUUCGGGGUGCACAGGGGAAUGUUGGGAAGGGGAGGGGGGCGGGUGGGUGGCAGAUGUUCAUAGGAGCCAUUCCUGGUAGUUGCAUGGAGCAGAUAAAGGGGCAGGCAUGGGUGGGGCGUGAACAGAGGCAGGUUUGAUGUAAGUGUCCCGCCCAUCCUGCAGCACCUUCAGACAAGUUAAUGCUUUGUGCUGCUGGACAAUAUCGCCUCGUUCUGUGUCAGGAUGCAGGAUAAAACAAAUGGUCUUGGAUGUGAAUAUAAAAUAAUAAUAUAGCACAGCUAGAUACAUUUGGCCUUAUUUACACCCUGUCCACAAGUCCCUCUUCAUCAGUGUCUGUCGUUUUGAGUCAUCUUGUCCAGUUUUGGCUAAGUUUUAUUUUUUAAAUGUGCUUUUAGACAUGACGUGAAUAGAAACCAACUUUUAAUGAAUCAUUAGUGUUACAUUUUAGUCUGAUUGUGUCGCCCAGCCUUAUGUGUGGUCUUAAUCACUUAAUUAGGGUAAUCGAGGAAGUGUUCAAUGUUUAGAGAACAUUUUUUUUAAAAAGAUGAGCUGUCUAUGUUACAUUUUGGUGGGCUGGCGGGGCAGACAUACAUUCCAAACCUUUUAUAUCCAGUAAUGCAAAUCUUAGUGGCGCACGCAGUAUGAGUGUUGGAAAAGAUUCACAGAAUAGAUAAGUCAUUGAUGGAAACACAUUUUGAUUUCAGCUUUUCAAACAAGUAGUAUGUAUUCACCUGCAUUAUACCAUACUAAACUGGUUGGGAUUCAUAAAACAUUCUUUUGCCUACUUUUUGAGUUAUCUGUCAAGUAUUUUGACACACUUGGACUAUUCCCUGUAUCUGUCCGUACCAGGGGGUAUUUCCUACAGCACAAGCGGGGGUAAGGUUUCCAGAUUCACUGUUGGAUGACCUAAAUGCUAACAUGGGGAUUUUCUACAAAUAUUUUAUUCCUGGACUUUCUGGAUAUCAGCUUUUGACUGAUAAACUGUACAUGGAUGAAAGACCCAAUGUAAGUAUCUGUUCAUUCACCUGAAAUCUGAUUUGAGGUUUUAAAGGUUUGUUCUGGAAUGCUUCUUGACAACCGUAAUUUAGCUAUUUUCCUGAUGUUUAAAGCAAAACCAUUUUUAUUAGACAAACCUAGCAGUGCCUUGGCAGUUUCAGUCUUUGUAGGUAUGUUUGAAUCUGGGUGCCAGAAGGACCCGUUUUCCAAUUGGUCACUGCGAUAAUCUACCACUCUUAGGCUGUUAGCUUAUUUGCCACCAAUAUUGGGUUGUGAUGCUGCUUCCUGUUUUCUCUGGUGUUUUUAUUUUUUUAAAUUUUUUCUCCACCCGCCCCAAAUUGUAAACAAUAUCCUUAUUGCCUGUGCUACACUGUAUUUAAUAUGGAGAAUACUUGAUCUACUAAAGGGACACCGACCAGCAGUAGCCCGCUACACAUUAUUACUGGGCAGGGGGUGUUUCUCACAGAUGAUCUGUCAGGGGAACAGAUGAUGGGCUUUCAAAGUUUAGUUAAAAGCCCGUUGCAGUUGACAAUCGGUUAGUUUGAUUUUGGUCUGGUCAGCCUAAGGAGCUACAUACUCUGAGUACGUUAAACCUGUAGAAGGGUGCCUCUAAGCUAAUAUAUUGAAUUAAAUUUGGAUAUAAAUAUUAAUGCCCCGUUAAACAUCUGCAGGUGCUUGACAAAGACAGAGACAGAGGGGAGACUAGUGUAGUAAAUUUGGUUCCCCAUUUGGUUUUACAAUUCCUCUGGAAUCUGAUUGGAUGACUCCCCAAAUCAUUUCAAGCUGUUUCUGCCUCCCGUUACUUAACUGAGCAUUCCAUUGUCAAUAUCUGAUUUCUGUUUUUAAAAUAAUCAGUUGGAUUCCCAUCUUUCCAGCCCCUGAGGGAUUCUUUUGAUGCAUUAUUUCUCGGCCCAAAGAAUCCCUUGUUGCAUGCGUAUAAAGGUGGCUGAUGUUAAAUGCACUGCUCAGGGUACUUGACAUCUGUAAAUCUCAAUAGCUGCAAAAGUGCAAUUGCAUGGAUUUGAUAAGACUGCCUGAGAGCAGCAGUCACUAAAGUGUACUUAACCUGCUUAGUGUGACAACCUAUUUCCCAGUCCUCAUCCUAAAUGUCAUUGCGUACAAUAAUUAUAUUUUGCUGAGCACAGAAUCAGUGAUAGAUAAUUAGUAGUUAUUAGUGAACGUAUAACUGGUUAUCUUUGCUUCAGGUUGUUUGAAACAACUGGGUUAAAUCCGUUAAGUUUUGUUCUGGCUAAAACCAUACAAGCCAAAGUAUUGGGUUCUCAUUUAAAUAUCAUAUUCUUAUCAAUGUCAUUGGCACCCCAAGUUGAGAUAUAUGGAGACAGUAACACAUUGAUUUGACAAAACACAAUAGUCAGCUGCCAAUAACUGUCUAAUUCAAACUGGCAUUAAAUUAACUGCUCAUUGAAACCUAAUUAAAAGGGCCUUUGAAACUAUAAGCAGCGUUCUGCAUGUGAGCCCAGGGCCGGGGAGGUGUUGGGCUACCUCGUUGGACCAGCUGGCCGUGUCGAGCCCCACUCAGGAUCCACAUGGUUCUGGAAGGCCCACGUCCCCAGUACUCACUUCCUAUCCUCUUCCGUGCUUCCCUGACAGAUUCUGACGUGGUUUGAAUUUUUAUCAUCAUAAUUAUUUUUUUUUUGUUACGUGUGAUUAAAUGUGUAUUGUAUAUUUGGCUGAAACUAUGUAUGUAUAUACAAAAAUAAACAUUCAGUUUGGUUCUUUCCA